UUAACAUUGAAAGCAAUACAGCCAUGUGCUAGCGGCUCUAAGUUGAAAAUAAAUAUUAUUAUUUUCUAUAUUAUAAAAAUCGUUAUCCGAGAAACAUGGCACGUCGCCCAGAACAUUCUGCGCCACCAGAAAUAUUCUACAGUGAAGAUGAGGCGCGGAAAUACACUAACAACAGUCGCAUUAUCGAUAUCCAAGUACAGAUGUGUGAGCGAGCUAUUGAAUUGCUUGCUCUGCCGGAGGAUGAUAAUCAUCUUAUACUGGAUAUCGGAUGUGGCUCAGGAUUAUCGGGAAGCGUUCUAGAAGACCAGGGGCACGUUUGGAUUGGUGUUGAUAUUGCUAAAGCUAUGUUAGAUGUAGCAGUAGAGAGAGAAGUUGAAGGUGAUCUUCUGCUGGGAGAUAUGGGCCAGGGAAUGCCUUUCAAAGCUGGAACAUUUGAUGGAGCUGUCUCCAUUUCGGCGUUGCAGUGGCUUUGUAAUGCUGAUAAAAAAUCGCACGUACCACAAAAGCGAUUAUACCAAUUUUUCAGCACACUAUUUGCCUCUUUGACUCGCAACGCUCGGGCAGUGUUUCAGUUUUACCCUGAAAACGCAGAACAAGUAACUUUAAUUACAACACAGGCAAUGAAAGCUGGAUUCUAUGGAGGUUUAGUGGUUGACUAUCCGAAUUCUGCGAAAGCCAAAAAAUAUUUUCUAGUUCUGAUGACUGGCGGAUCGGUGAAACUGCCAGCUGCUUUAGGAACCGGUGAAGAUUCCAAUCAUGUUCCCUAUAGUCAAAAGCGCGAGUUGGCAAAAAAUUCCCGAGGAAAACCACUGAAAAAAUCCCGCGAUUGGAUAAUGCAGAAAAAAGAACGACGAAGGCAACAAGGUAGCGAAACCCGAAACGAUUCAAAAUACACGGCACGGAAACGAAGCGGGAAAUUUUAAUAAAAUGGUUUGUAGUUUUUGGAAAAUAUCUAUUCCUUAAACUAAAACAUUUCUUAAAUGUUUUAUUCAUAGUUUAUUACAUAACAUUUUCAUAGAAUCACAUUUCAAUUAAAGCAAUUACUAUUUACAACCGCA